UAUUGCCAUGGAGUUACAGGCUGGAUGAAACAAGUAACCGAAGAGAAGUCAGCUGGAUCAUCACUGCCCUGCCCUGUUUGUAGAGCCCUCAGUUCCUUGCCUUUGCAUAGGUCUGGGUGUAGGAAGAGCAACAGGCUACAUAAAGCCCCUCCUCCCACAGCGAUCAUACAGAAGAGCGCAUGUGCACAAGCCCCACGGGCUACAGCCAUAAGCCACUUCCUUCCUUGCCAAAAGCCUCACGUCAGCUGAGCACGUCAGCAGCACGUAAACUGGUGUCCUUUAUGGCAGAGGCGCAAAAGCACAAAGGGUCUUCUGAGAGGUCCGCAUUCCGUGCUCAGUUGGUGGCUGGCAGCUUGGCCGUUGGCACUUCUCCGACUGAGGCGACCAUGGCGGCGGUAGUAGCGCUAAUGCGGAAAACGCGAGAUUAUGUGAAGACCAAGGAGUUUCGGGAUUACAUAACCAGCACCCACUUCUGGGGUCCUGUGGCCAACUGGGGCCUUCCGCUGGCCGCCUUUAAGGAUAUGAAGGCGCCUCCCGACAUCAUCAGCGGCCGCAUGACAACGGCCCUCAUCUUCUACUCCAUGGCUUUCAUGCGCUUUGCCUACCGUGUCCAGCCUCGAAACUACCUGCUGAUGGCGUGCCAUUUCUCCAACGUGUUGGCGCAGAGCAUCCAGGGGAGCCGUUACCUGAAGCACCACUAUGGUGGCGGAGCCAAUGCCAACCCUCCGGCCAAAUAAGCCUGAUGACUGGGGGGAUGAGAGGGGUAGCCUGAACCAGACUUUGCAGCUUGCAAGCACUGGACUCUAUUCCUCCUCAAGAAAAGCCAAGGAAAACUUUGGUUUGCAAACCCGAUUUAAACCAGUUUGGUUAAUUAAAAAAAAAAGC